CUAUCAUGUAUUGCAACUAUAAUUGAGUUCUAAUAUCUAUUAAACAGGUCCAGACCUGAUGUUCUCCCUGAGCAGCUCAUAUUAUUAAACAAAACACUCGUAAUCCAGUAAAAUGCUCGCAACCCACAGUCUCGUCAGACUGGUCGCAGACAACUGGGCAGUUGUGACAAUCGCCAUUGGAUGCUGCUGGGUUGUAUGCAACUACUUCCGUCGCAGCCUUCACCAUAUUCCGGGUCCCUUCCUCCGGCGCAUCUCGUCCCUCCCACGGAUCCUAUCUGUGUACAAUGGCUUCAGUCACGACGACGACAUCGCGCUGCACAACACGUACGGCAAGAUGGUCCGACUAGCCCCGAACACGCUGUCCAUCAGCGACCCGAAGGAGAUCAGCACCCUCUACGGCGUGGGGACCAAGUUCUCCAAGUCGCCUUUCUACUCGCUGGCCGAAGCCUACGACUCGGAUGGGAUGUUGCCGGACCCCUUCGUGCUGACGGACCGCGCCAUCCACGCGAGGAUGAAGCGCAGCGCCGCCAACGCGUACUCACUCAACAACGUGGUGCAGAUGGAGCCGUGCGUUGAUGCAGUUACAGAGCGGCUAGUGCGGAAACUGGGCGGCUACGCCGACGCGGAAGCGGACGACGCCCGGGUGGUCGACCUUGCGCCGUUGAUGCAGGCCUAUGCGAUGGACGCGGUGUUUGCGUUAACCUUUGGGAAGGACUGCAAUCACAUGGACAAAGGAGACCAUGAGGGUUUUUUCAAGGCUAUCAAGGUGGCCAAUGACUACAUGGCUAUUUUCGGCCAGGUUGCAUGGUGCCACAGGUUCCUUCUUCGCAAUUCCUGGGUCGCAGCUUUCGUACCUGGCCUAGAGAGCAUGCAGAAGCUGAUGCACUUCGCAACGGACGAGACGAAUGCUGGGAAAGGGGCCGAUGCCGACCAGGGCACGGUUACCACUUUCCUGCAGCGCCUGCUUGCCAACCAGCGACAGAAUCCCAAGGGCCUCACAGACCGCGAGCUCUCGACGCACGUGUUCAACAAUAUGGCGGCCGGGAGCGACACGACGGCCAUCGCGCUGCGGUCCAUCAUCUUCAACACGCUCAUGACGCCGGGCGCACACGAGAAGCUCAAGGCGGAGCUGAGGAAUAACCUGGAUGCAACCCGGCCCGUCUCGUUCGCCGCGACCAACAAGCUGCCGUACUUGGCCGCGGUGAUCAAGGAGGGGAUACGGCUGCACCCGUCAGUGGGCAUGAUGCUAGCGCGAAUCGUCCCGGAAGGGGGGGCGACGCUGUGCGGACAAUACGUCCCGGCAGGGGUCGAGGUCGGGAUAAACCCGUGGGUGGUGCAGCGAGAUGCAGAGGUGUACGAGGAGCCUGCCCGGUUCAACCCGGAUCGGUGGCUGGCGGAGAACACGACGGAGGAGCAGCUCCGGUUAAUGAACCAGGCGUGGAUCCCGUUCGGGCACGGGGCCCACACCUGCAGCGGGAGGUGGAUCAGCACGAUGGAAAUACAGAAGGUGGUUGCGCAGCUAUUUCUGGCGUUUGACAUGGAGUUGGCAGACGGUGGGAAAGGAUACAGGUUCCAUAACCUGUGGUUCACACCGCAAGAAGGGCUAAAUGUGCACUUCACGAGGGCCCAAUAA